UGGAUCUUGCUGUGGAUGGGGUGGGGGUCUGGCCGUGCCCACUGUUUAGGCUGGGACCGGGUGAACUCAUUGCAUGAAGAGGGCUGUGCCAUCAGCCAGGUGUCACGCCCUGGGGUCACCCAGACGGUGGGGGGGUGCUGGUCUGUGGCAGGGCUGGAUGCAGCAGUGCAGGGGUACCCCUUCGAGGCCUGGGAGCUGGCAGGGCCUGACCUGCUGGGGCUGGAUGUGGAGGUCCUGGAGGCACUGGGUGUGUGGCCCCUGGGGCACCAGGAGCUGCUGCUGGAGGCCGUGGAGCAGCUCCGUGAGCUGGAUGCAGGGCUGGCGAGCACCAGCCUGCGGACCCUGACAGAGAGGCUGCAGGAGCUGGCACAGGGCAUCCAGAGCCUGGUGCUGGGGGGGCUGUCGGCAGGGGAUGACCCCCGGCCGCCCUCCCUCACCCUCCUGGCCCGAGUCAUCGACCUGGUCGGGGCUGCCAAGGGACUCUUCUCCUGGCUCAACAGGUACCUCUUCUCCACCCUCAAUGACUUCUCAGCCAGCCAGGACAUCGUCCUGCUGUGUGUCCAGCUGGGAGAGACACUGCAGGCGGACUGUCCCGUGGCUGAGAGGGACAGGCAGAUCCUGCGGAUUUGCCAGCACAUCGUGGGCAUCUGCGAGAGCAUCGUGGGCUGCAGCCCCCCGGCGCUGCUGGACCGCAGGGCUGUGCUGCAGCAGGUGGGGCUGGCGCUGCCCCCCGGCCCAAGGGGCAGCCCCCCAAGGUCCCCCAGCACCCCAUCGCUGCCCCCAGGCCUGUGGCAGAGCCCACCAACAUCCCCUGACUCGCCAAUGCUGCCCCUCAGCCCAUGGGGGAGCCCCCCAGUGUCCCCUGACACCUCGGUGCCACCCUCUGACCCCCUGACACUCAUCACCACCCCGCUGGGCUUUGAGAUCACCUCCACCAGCUCCUGCCUGCACUUCGUGUCUGCCACCACCUCGGAGGCCCUGGCUGCCCACGGGGGGCACAUCCUGCCCGGGGACGAGAUCGUGCAGGUCAAUGAGCAGGUCGUGGUGGGUUGGACACGCAUCAACCUGGAGAAGAAGCUGCUGGAGAAAGCAAACGAGGUGACACUGGUGCUGAAGAAGAUCCCCCUUGACCUGCAUGGCUCACCCCCCUCUCCCAGACAGCAACUCCUGGGAGCAUUUUCGGAUGCUGCGGAUUCCCCCGGCACCAGAAGUGGCGAGUGCCCAGGCAGCCCCGUGUCCCUGACCUCCAGCGUUGGUGCCGACUUGGACUCCGGGCCGGACUCAGCGCCGGAUCCCGUCACCGACGAGGAGGAGGAAGAGGACGAGCAGGACCUGAGGCUGCCCAGGGCGGCCGUGGAGGAGCUGCCGGGACUGUCCGGACGGGGCGCUGCAGAGGAGGAGGAGUGGGAGAGUGGCACCCCCUUGGACACCUCCUUGGACACCCCCUUGGACACCCCCCUGGGCACCCCACCGGGCAUCCCAAACUCUCCGGGCAUCUCUGCUGCCACCAGACCCCGCAGCACAGAGCUGAGCCCCACGGCAGCCCCCACCACGGGGGCUGGGGGUGCAGAGCCCUGCCAGCUCCCUCAGGAGGGCAGCCCCCAGACAGGACGCAGACCAAAAGGAGUGGCGACCAGGCUGAGCCGCCGGCGGGUCUCGUGCCGGGACCUGGGCCGGGUGGACUGCGAUGGGUGGCUCCUCAAGAAGAAGGACCACGUGGGCUUCAUGGCCCAGAAGUGGAAGCGGUGCUGGUUCGUGCUGAAGGGCCACACGCUCUACUGGUACAACCACCCCAACGAUGAGAAGGCUGCAGGACUCAUCAACGUGGCCACCUACGACCUGGAGAGCACGAGGGAGCAGAAGAAGAAAUAUGUGUUCCAGCUGUGCCACCAGAAGUACAAGCCCUUUGUCUUUGCUGCUGAAACCUUGGCUGACCUGAGCAUGUGGGUCAGUCGGCUCAUAACAGCCAAAACAAAGUACACACUUGCCCACCAGUCAGUCCCAGACAAGGAGGAAGACUGCUACAGCGAGACAGAGGCUGAGGACCCCGAUGAUGAGUCCCCCAGGCACGGAUGUGACUCGCCGAGGAAGAGGCUGCAGAACCCCCCGGACAAAGCCCAGCUCUCCCCAGCCAGCGGCGAGUCCAGCAGCCCCCAGGGCAGCCCCCGGCCCUGCUCCCCCAUGGACCCCGCCGGGGAGGACCUGGAGAGCCUGAUGCGGUGCCUGAGUCAGGGCGGGGUGUCCCUCAUCGGGCAGCGGCGGUUCCUGACGCAGGAGCAGUGCCGAAAAUCCUUCCUGCGGCGCAACAAGAACCCGCACAUCAACGAGAGGGUGCACGCCGUGCGGGCGCUGCAGAGCACGCUCAAGGCGAAGCUGGUGGAGCUGGAGGCGCUGGAGCAGCUGCUGGGAGAGGCUUCGCUCACCUCGGACACCUUCAGGCGCUGGAAGGAGGAGCACCAGGAGCUGUACCAGGAGCUGCGGGAGGGGUGGGCAGGGCGGCAGCGCCAGGGCCACGACGGGGGGCUCGGGGGCGAGCAGGACACCCCUGGAGAGGCGGCUGGACCUUGA